AUGGAGAAUAACGACUCCCUUUACUUCACGAAUCUCAAACACCGACAACAACAACAACCACUACUACUACUACUCACCGGGUUAAUACAAAUAAUGACUUCCGAUAAACCAUCUUUCCAUAAAGAAGGAAAAUCAACUAUCAAAAUAGUCCACGACAAUAAUAAAAAUAACAACACUAAACAACAUAAACGACCCAUCACCCCAAAAGAUAUCUCAUCCCAAUCACAGAAAGUUAAAGAUUCACCAUUUGUUGAAGAAUUAGUAUUGACGGGUCGACCAAAUUGGAAAAAAGCUCCCCAACAAAUCAAACAACGAUAUAAAGGAAUUUAUUUAAUUUUAUUAUCAAUACCAAUAAUGGGGAUAACUACUUUUGAAAUUAUUAGAAGACUCGAAGGGAAAUCAACUAAAAAAAUUCAACAAGGUGAAAGAUUAUCGAAUGGAAUAAAUCGAGAUUUUGAUGAACAAGAAAAAAUUAAAGUUGAAAAAGAAUCUAUAAUGUAUAAAAUAUUUGGUAAAGAUUUUUUUUUGGAUGGAUUUACUAGUAAAACAAUAAAGAGUAAUCAAGAAAAGAAAGAAAGAAAAGAAAAACACACAUAA